AUGAAGCUUAUCACUAGCACGUUAUCACCCGCGUGGGUCGCCGCCUGCAUGGCAGCGGUAGCGGCGGCGCUGCCUCCUGGCCCCCGUCAAGCCGCCGCGACGCCGACGGUGUACCUGGCAGGUGAUUCGACCAUGGCGGAACAAGGCGGCAAGAAUGGGACUGAAGGAUGGGGCCAUUAUUUGCAAUACUCGCUCUCCGUUCCUGUGGUCAACAAGGCAUUUGCCGGCCGCAGCGCGCGCUCCUUCACCGAUCAGGGCCGCUUUGCGGCCAUUGAGGCGGCGCUAGUUCCUGGUGAUUUUGUCAUCAUCGAAUUCGGCCACAACGACGGCGGCGGCGAGAAGCUGGGCACGGCCAACUACACGGACAACGGGCGUCCGGCAUGCCCGGGACAGGGCGACGAAACAUGCGCCUCGUUCUACAACGGCACCGACGUCGUGGUGCACACGUACAAUUGGUACAUGCUCCGGGCGGCGCGGUCCUUCCUGGCCAAGGGGGCGAGCGUCGUCAUCAGCACCAUGACGCCCACGAACCCGUGGGAGACGGGCAGCUUUAGUUACACGCCGCCGAUCUUCGUCGGAUACGCGCAGAACGUGGCCGGGGUGCUGGAAGGGGAGGUGGCAGGGAGGGCGGCGUUUGUCAAUCACGGGCGCUACGAGGCGGAUGUGUUUAGGACGCUGGGGAAGGAGGUGGUAGAUGGUUUUUUCCUGAUGGACCACACGCACACGCAGCCCGAGGGCGCCGACGUGGCAGCCAAGGCGUUCGUGAAGGGACUGAAGUGCGGAGGAAGUGAGUUGAGCCGGCUCGUGGUGAAUGCCACGGAAGAGAUUCCUGGCGAGUGUCUGUAA